AUGGUUGCCUUCCGACAUUUUACAGCCGCAAUCCAUGAUUUCGAUUUAGCCCCUGUCUUGGACGUGUGGGUUGCCUCUUCGCAACUGACCUCCCCACUUGACGCUCAGUCGCCGCAAUCCUUUGUCGUAAGAGCCCUCGCGAUAGUCUUUACGACCGCGUUUCUUGGCACCGAUCUCGCUCCCGUCGGCUCGAUCGAUCGAUCAAGAGAUUGCAGAGAUCGUCGUCUGAUCGUCGCAUUACAAGAUGCUCUUGUGCAUCGAUCGGAUCUGACUGUUGCAGGAACGAGGCUGAGGCUGGUCAGCCUCGACCGACCUUGUGCGGCUCCCAACUGA